GGAAAGCUAAAUAUAUUAUGGGGGAGGGGCAUGCGGGCAAAUAAAUAAUAAAAGAAGUAAUGCGUCUCUGAAUCGAAGCUCUUGCUGCGGAAUAGUGUUUGCCUAAAAACAGGGUGGGGAGAAAUAUGGAGAAGAUGAGGGGAAGAUAAAUUCUUAAGUAUUAUCUGGGGGGUGGGGGCCGAAUGAGGAAGGGGCACGGUGGGAGCGGUGUAGAGAAGCAGAAUCAUAAAACAGCUGCUAAAUAAUACUUACGUUGUAGUGCUUGUUUGUGACCAGUGUGCUUCAUGUACAUUGGGGUUGUAGCCAAUGCUAGUUCUACUGAAAGACCUAUUGAUAUUAAUUGACCUAACUUACCCAUGUAACUUGGCCAUCAGUGGUUCUACUGAGUAGGACUAGGAGUUGAUACAACCAAUUGUUUAUUGUUUUAAAGCUAUGAAGCAAACCUUUCGGCCGAGAAGAAGUGAAUAAUAAGGUCCAACAAGGGCGAAGGAAGCAAGGGUAGAUGGGCUGUGUUGUUAUGUAAGGAAGGGUAAAGGAAUGAUAUUUACUGUAUUAGCUUUUAGUGUUAUUUGUGUGCUAUUCCUGUGAGGUGGGCAGGGCUAAGUAGAGGUGGUAGUGGGUAGAGGUGAGGAAUGGGGGGGGGGAGACAAAUACAUGGUUGAAUUGCCUUUGUGAAUCUUCCCUAGUCUGUUCUCUUGCGUUUAAGCUUGUUUUUGAAACAUCCUCUCCCUGCCCCUUGAACCAGGAAGUCCCUUCUUUCUAAGGGCUCCUUUAUCUGAGAUGCAUUUUAACCAGUGUUUGGCAAAUCUUGACUAACCUGUUUUUUAAAAUGGGAAAGUUGGCUAGUGUAUAUAGCCCUCCUUGGAUCCUACUUGUGGGCUUGGCCACUGUGAUCCAGCAGGGUUUUUCUUACGGUCUUUUUUGGGGGGGAAUGCACCCUUCUCCUCUGAAAAACAUCCUGUUGACUAGCUCUAAUUCAGAGGGACCCACAAAUAAAGGAACAAAAUACUCUUUUGUUUUUAGCUGGAUUAUUUCUGUUGCAAGGCUUUCUGUUUUUCAGGCACAGUCAGCUGGCUUGCUUAUCCUAUUGUUCUCAAUCUCUGGCUUAGAUUGAGAGGAAAACCACUCUUCCUAGGCAUAGCUGUCAGUAGAGGGUAUUCAAGGUGGUUGUAUGCACUACUUAAAAAUUCUCUCAAAUUCUUUGUGUGUGAGUGUGUGGCUGGUGAUGACUUCUGUAAAAUUUUACUGACUAAUACCAACUAUGGCUAAUUUGUCAAAAUUUCAGUCUAUUUACUAGGUUGCCUUGGGCAAGUCGUCUUUGAGGUCCUUGUCUAUAACAAUCCAAUGAAGAAUCCACUUCAGCAGAAUGUUUCAGGAGGCUUUAUGAUAACUGUUGUAACGUGCAGACUAAACUUCAUGUCCUGGUUGACGUCACUGUGUGUGAAGGGAGAUGACACCCAAAAAGUCUGCAUUUAAAAAAAAGAAUGCGCUUCUGGAUCAGGGUACCUUAAGGAUCGCCAUAGCCCUCAUAUUGCAGCUCAGUCACAGGAGUGCUGUUAGUAGCCCACCCCCUCACCCCAUCUUACAGAGGCCAAGCUGGCCUCAACUAGGUCAGGCAUUUGUGGUUGGUGGGUCCACACUGUAAACACCCUUCUAGCAGAGAUUCGGCCAGUUGGCCUUUGCAGCUGCUUAACUUUUAUUUUUGUUAUUUAUUUAUUGCAUUUUUAUCCCACCUUACUUCCAAGGAGCUCAAAGUGGCAUAUGUAUUUCUACACCUCCCUCUAAAUUUUAUCCUCACAACAACCUUGUGAGGUAGGUUAGGCUGAUAUACAGUGACUGGCCCAAGGUCACACCCAGUGAGCUCCGUGACUGAGUGGGGAUUUGACCCCAAUCCCUAGUCCAACAUACUGACCACUAUAUCACAAUGACUCUCUUUACUUUUUGAUGUGCCCGUCACAUUAAUGAUUAUUUGCAUUCUUAUUUUCUUAAUUGUGUAUUGUAUUUUAAUGUUGUGUUGUGAUAUAGCAUAAUUAUAUAAGACCAAGACCCAGUUUUGCAUUGCAUUGCAUUUCCAACAAAGAUGAACCAGAUGUCCUUGGGAAUGCUCAUGGAAGCAUUUGAAAUUAACAGGGCGCCAGGUGCAUUUUGUGCCUAAGGAUUUUAUCCCAUUUGCGAGCACCUCAAAAAGUUUGGGGGCCAUUUUUUGCACCUGGCUGACACUCAAGGAUUACUGAAAUGUAUGUGCUUUGAAGCUUCGAAGUAUACGUUAAGUCAAUAUGUUAAGGAGUUUAACAAUAAAGGGUAGUGCAGUGGUAUCUCAGGUUACAAGCGCUUCAGGUUACAGAUUCCGCUAACCCAGAAAUAGUACCUCAGGUUAAGAACUUUGCUUCAGGAUCAGAACAGAAAUCGCACCAUGGCGGCAGUGGGAGGCCCCAUUAGCUAAAGUGGUACCUCAGGUUAAGAACAGUUUCAGGUUUUAAGAACGGACCUCCAGAAUGAAUUAAGUUCUUAACCAGAGGUACCACUGUGUUUUGAAAACUGAAGUAUAGUGCCAAUAUUUUUAUUGUAAACACCAAAUUAAACAUGUAUUAACAAUUUCUGUUUAAAAUGUGAUAUUAACAAUGUGUUACUUAUGUAAAUUGUGUAUUAGUUCAUGCUUAUCAAAAUACUAAAUAACAAGUUUUGCCGACUCCACCCCCCCAAUGGUGACUCGACAUUCUGUUUGGGUGCCCACAACCCAGGUCCCAGGAGCCAUUUGUCUCCUAGCUUUUCUGUCCCAGUUUCUAACACUGGCUCAUGGGGAGGGCAAGCUAGAGGCUGCUAUUUCUAGUUUCUUUUCAGUAUCUUGUAUUCAGGGACCUGUUGCUUUUAAACAUCUUUGUAUAGUCACAGAGCUGUAAGGACCUAGCUACAGGGGUAACUUACAGGCAUUACUUUUUUGAGCCAUGAUAGAAGAAGCUUUAGAUUUAAGUCUUCCAGUUAGGUCUGGCACUUUUGAGAGAACCUUGAUCACCAAACGUGGCUUGACAUGGCAUCUUCAUUCCUACAAUUGUUCCCUGGUCAUGGCUUCCUCCAAGAAAUCAUGGGAGCUCUAGUUUGUCAUGGCCUCUGAGGGUUAAGAGACACUGUAUCUCCCCCACAGAGCUACAAUUCCCAGAGUUCCCUAGGAAGAGGGAUUGAUUUUUAAAGCACUCUGGAAUUUUUAGCUGUGUGAGCUAGGUGUCUUCUAGCAACUCUCAGCACCCUUGCCAAACUACAGUUCCCAUGAUUCUUCAGAAGAAUCCAUGAUCAUUGCAGGUGGUAUGUUAGUGCCUUAAGUGCCUUAAGGAUAUGGCACCUGUGUGCAACUUACUAUUGUAGGGCAGGAGCAGUGGCCCUCUGGAAAGAUUCAAAAUACCGUUUGUGGUUUUAGUUGGGGCAAAUUGUUGAAUGUAGGAGUGCUCAACAGCUAUUUACCGGUACUCAUCAUCCUUUCUCUCUAUUUUUCCUAUCCAUUCGUGUUAAUGAAAAAAGUCAGAUUUUCUAGCAGUGGAAAGAGAGUCAGUAUUACAGCAAAAGAGUUCUGAACUUUUGCAUUUUAUACAGUAGAUGUUUAAAUUGCAGCCUGUUUUUUUUUCUGGAAAGCUAUUAAAUGCUCUGCAAGUGUUUGGGUUGGUUUUUUUUUUAAAAUUGCAAAUGUGAUAGUUCUUCUUUGGCAUUGAGUGCCCUUCACUAACCCAUAUAUAUAUAUAAGCUGUCCUUGAUGUUGGAUGGCAGUUGCUGAAUGCCUUAAGGAGGGUUUUUGGUUUUUGUGCUUGGGUUUGGCUUCUGCUUACAAAACGGCAGUAUUGCCUGUCAGCUGUCACAAUCUAAACAAAUCUCACAUAACUUCCUUUUCAGUUUUCCCUGACGGUUCCAAGACUCUGGGAAGUGGCGGUUUGGUUCUGCAGCAACAGCUCUUUUGUCAAAGAAUUACUGACACUGGGUCUGUCCUGAAUUUAAAGCUCUGUGCAAGAUGUUGUGUCACUAUUGCUAGUACAGUGGUGCCUUGCAAGACGAAAUUAAUUCGUGCCGCGAGUCGCUUCGUCUAGCGAUAAUUUCGUCUUGUGAAGCAUGGGUGGCCGCGGCAAAAACAAACCCAAAAACGCCGAAAAACUUGUCUUGUGAAGUGCGGCCAUUGAGAACUUCGUCUUGCGAGUCACCAAAAACAUCGCAAGACGCUUUCGUCUAGCGAGUUUUUCGUUGCGCGAGGCAUUCGUCUUGCAAGGUACCACUGUACAAUAUCAAAAUAGCAGUGAAAAGGAGGUGAUGACACUGGAGAUGAAGACAACAGUGGCAGGAGUCCAGUUGACUUGGCACCAGCCAGCAUGACUUGGCUUGAGGCAUUCAGCCCAGUUCUUGGCAUUAAAAGAAAAGAUAAAAACCUGCCACCACCAUUUGCUGUUUGCUAGAAAUCUGUCUGUUUGCGAAAAUAAAAUCCUGUAGGCUGCGAGGCAAAAGUAGGAAAUGUCCAGAAAGUCUGUUUAAAAUGCUUUGUUAGAGGUGGUGGGAAAGCUUUACUUUUUGAAUCUCAAGACAGGCCUGGGUUCAAAUAUCAGGCCUCAAAUACAGAUUCCUGUAUUGUUUUAGCCAGCCUGCUAUGUAUCAGUUUGCCUUCUGUAAAAUAAUAAUAAUAAUGCCCUUCGUAAAAUCAGGAUAAUCGCCCUUGAGCUGACUAUGUAAUCUGCUGGAAGCUAACUGUUAAUUGGCAAGAACACUGUACUCCAGUUAUACUGGGAACAACCCCUGUAUAAAUAAAAUAAAACGAGUAUUUUUUUGAACCCCAGUGAUUUUGCUGAGAGAUUUAGGCAUAUGUUUAACUCAUUUAAAGUGUUGAAGGACAGUUUAUAAUAAUAACAAAAUUUGUUGUUUGUACACCAGAAUAAGUUUAUUUCAGAUAGUAGUAGUUUUCGUUUUCUGAGCAUGCAUAUACAUUGAAAGCAUUGGGGGUUGAGGUGUAAAGAAGUCAGUAUUGGGCUGAAGACAAAAAAAGAACCCAUUUCAAAAGCAGGGGUUUUAUUUAUUUCUCUUGCCAGCAGCGGGAGUCAACACAGCCAGUGUGGCAUGCACAGAAGCACUUUGUGUGAAGAAGAAUGGCUCAGCAUGGAAAUAUCAGCCAUCUUCUGGCCCUACUGGAUUCCCCACAUCUGACGGACCUGGAAGGUGUAAAGACGGAGCUUAGAGAAAUCCUAAACUCAGAUCGCGGGCCAGUGAUUGUAAAUACCUUGGUGGAUUACUACUUGGAAACAAGUUCCGAGCAAGUCUUACAUGUCCUGUGCACACUUCAAGAGCCACAUGACAAGCACCUCCUGGACAAAAUCAAUGAAUGUAUGAGCAGACCAAGUACCCGUCUCCUGGCUCUCUCACUCCUUGGGCAUGUGAUAAGAUGUCAGCCAUCUUGGAAACAUAAGCUUUCUCAAGCAUCUGUCAUGGUUACGUUGCUUAAGUGUCUUAAGAGUGACACGGAUGUAGUGGCAAUCAUCACAGGUGUACUAGUGUUAAUAACGAUGCUGCCAAUGAUCCCCCAGGCUGGAAAGCAGUACCUGCGCGAUUACUUUGGCAUCUUUGGUCGCCUUUCUUCCUGGAACUUGAAGAAUUCAGGACACAUAACUGACAUCCACCGGCUCCACCUCCAUGCCAGUGUGUAUGCUCUCUUUCACCGCCUUUACGGAAUGUACCCUUGCAAUUUUGUCUCCUUUCUGCGCUCCUACUACAGUAUGAAAGAAAACUUGGAGACCUUUGAAGAGGUAGUCAAGCCAAUGAUGGCACAUGUGCGCAUCCACCCUGAGCUAGUGACUGGAUCCAAGGAUCACGAACUGGACCCUCAGAGGUGGAAGAGGCUAGAAACCCAUGAUGUUUUGAUAGAAUGUGCCCGUAUCUCCCUGGACCCAGCAGAAGCUUCCUGUGAAGAUGACUACUAUUCACCUUCCCAGCUGAUGUCCUCUUACUUGCAGAAUCGCCCCUCUGAUUUUGUUUCCAAUUUGCAGAGAAAAUUUGAAAGACCAACUAUCCCUUCUCGGCUGUUGCUAUUGCCAGACCAGCUACCUCAGAGCUUCAAGUUUCAACCCUCGUUUCUGACACCUGAGCAGGUGACCUUCUGGAGCCCUACCAUUGCUUGUGGCAUGACCACUCCCCCCCACUCCCCUGGAACUGUUUCGGAGACAACUUAUACCGCAGCCCAGACUCUCGACAGAAGCUAUAUCGUACAAGCCGAGAAAGGAGCCUGCCUAGAAACUGCCACCUCCCCACCUCCCUCGUGCAGUUCAGAAGAAGCUGCUCAUGUUUCAGUUUCCACUGUGCCUCCCAGAAAGGAGGGCAGAACCGAUCCCACAAGGUUUCUGUUGUCGCGACAGCCAAACUUCACCCAAAGUUCUCAAGCUGUUGAUUCUCACAGCGAUAUGAGUUUGGUAACUUUAAGUGAUCUUCCUGGCAUCUUGGGUGACCUGGAGGCCUCUUCUCAAGACAGCGGUGAGAAGGACCGAGAGGAAGAUGCCAUAUCAAGAGAGAUCUCAGAGAUCACCACAGUAGACGCGGAACCUGUGGUGCCUCGGGGAGGUUUUGACUCUCCUUUCUACCGCCUGAAUGAAGGUCUCCCCAGCUCGAAGAAAUCCCAGCUGGCUGCCUCAAGUACACAGGGACAGAUCCUGGACUCCAAGCCCCUGGCGUUUUCACCCCUUGUAACAUCGACACCAGAUAUGCCCCAAACUGGGCUCAAAAGGUCACUGGAUAUGCCUAAGCAAACCUUCACGCCUAUAGACCUACCCUGCCGAGACUCCGAGAAUCAUCCUUCCGGUCACCAGCAAAGCCAGAUAUCUCUGGAGCCCCGCAUUGUUGCCCCUAGCCCUUGCAAGAUUCCUGCACUCGAGUGGCUGGGGUUUGGGGAUGAGCAGCCCCCUGUUUACGAGCACCUCUUUGAAGUGGUUUUGCCAAAGACCUCCUACCUUUUCAUCAGCAAGAAGACAGAAGAGCUUCUCAGGAAGGUCAAUGCAGGUCAUGACAAAGUGAACUCUUCCUCCCCAUCCCCUUUGGAAAUGCUGGAUCGGGUCAUACAGCAUGGAGCAGAUGCCCACAGCAAGCAGCUUGACCAAUUACCUUCGUUAAGCAAAUCAGCUGACUGGACUCACUUUGGAGGCACUCUUGUCCCAGAUGAUUUACAUGUUCUCAGAACCCAGCUCCUCUUGCUGCACAACCAACUGUUGUAUGAGCGCUUCAAGAGGCAACAGCAUGCGCUGCGAAACCGGCGGCUCCUGCGCAAAGUGAUAAAGGUGACAGCCCUGGAGGAACACAACGCUGCUAUGAAAGACCAACUGAGGCUCCAGGAGAAGGACAUCCAAGCCCUGAAGCUCAGCCUGCAGACGGAGCAGGCCAAUAUCUGCAAGUUCCAGGAGGAUCACGACAUUGUCGUGGCUCGGCUCCACAGCCAGAUCCGCCAGUUGCAGCAGGAACGGGAAGAGUAUUACAAUCACAGCCAGGAACUGAAGAUCAGAGUGGACGACUGCCACAAAAUCAUUGCAGGCCUGCGGCUGGAGUUGAACACAGCCAGCAGCAAGAUGUGUCACACGGAAUUGUUGCUGAACCAGGUUUCUCAGAAGCUUUCUAAUAGUGAGUCGGCCCAACAGCAGAUGGAGAUACUGAACAGGCAACUCCUAGUCUUUGGGGAGAUGAAAGAGUUGUGUUUGAAACAGCUUCAGCACAAGCAGGGCAGCACAACUAAGGAAGUGGAAUGCCUGCAGGUGGCCUUUCAGAAAGAACUGGAGAAAGCACAUUACUGCAUUCAGCAGCAGAGCCAGGAGCUGGAGGCUUCUCAGAAGCGAAUAGGUGAACUGGAAUCUCAGCUCACAAAGAGGGACCACCUAUUGCUGGAGCAGAAGAAAUACUUGGAAGAUGUUAAAAUCCAAGCCAGUUGCCAACUCCAAGCAGCUGAGGGCUGGUACAGCAUGCAGAAAAAUAUUACGCAGCUGUUUGAGGUGGAGAUAUUGAGUCUGCAUGGCCAAGUGCAGAAUGAACGGCUGUUGAACAACCGUGAAGAAAACAAGGUGGAACAAGCUGAAUCCGAUAAAAGGCUGCCUGGAGCAAACGAAAGCAGUGCCAACCCUACUAUGGGACACAGCGAGGAACCGCUGGAAUGUAACAAUGAGACUGAACCUCCCAGCACCCGUGGCAGCAGCAGCGAGGUGUCCACCCCUGAGAAGCCCAGCCAGCGCACUGGGCAGUUCAGCAACCGCAGGGAGUCAUCUGCAUUGCUGGAGCCCUCCUCUGGCAGCGUCCCCCCCACAGUGGGCUCCUUCCCAAGCUCUGAGAGUUUCCUAGGGAUGAAGGCCCAAGAGCUGUUCCACAACAAGAGCAAGGGUCACUGCAAUGAGGAUGGGGUGGCCAUUGGCAGCCUUUGUGAAACUUUGAAAACCUGCAAAGAUCCCAGCCAGGAGGUCACAGAGGAAGCCCAGGCACCCUCCCCUAGCCCCGAGGAACUGCCUCCCUCCCCUAGAACCCAGGAAGCCAAUGUUGGACAGCUUCAUAUCAUGGAUUACAAUGAAUCUCAUGGCCAUAGCUAGAAAUGAGGAAAGGAAAAUUAAAAUCAGUAUUAACAUUUUCAUAUUUUUGGCAUAGAACAGGGAGGUGUGGCUGCCCAAUUUAACUAAAAGCUUUUGGGUUUUGUCAUUCCAGUGCCCCACCAGCUUACACAGGCAGCAAUUUUUUUGUUGGACUUGUUUGCCCCAAGUGGAUUUAUGGGAUGGCAGAGUUUCUGGGUCUAGAAGUGUAGGUGAUCAGUCACAGGGCUUCUCUGAAACACUUGUCCCCCUUGAAGCCACUGUGUAGUACACACUUUGAUGCAGCAGCAGCUAGGAUUUCUCCAAACUGUCAACCCAUCCACUUUUUUCUUGCCCUUCUGAGAGGUAGGUUUAAAUGAACUUGUGUGCAAUAUGGAGUAGAGCCUCCCCCAAGGAAUACUCAAGGUGUGCUCAUCUGGAGAACUAAGCAUCUGUUGUCUCCCCUCCUGCAAGCAGCUCAGGGUUACUCUUAUUGAGAAACCCCUGGAUUUGUUUUUUCUCAAAGUGCUAUCAUAUGGCAACUCAGUCUUUUCCCCGUCUCCAGCCUUCCCCCUCCCCAUUCCCUCCCCCCACUCAACUAUAUGCAUUUUGUGCAUUGAAUUGACUUCACUCUAACCAUGAAAUGAGAAAGCAUUGAAAACCCAUACCCCUUUCCUCUCAUCUCCCCUCCCCACGAAUUUGCUUUUGUUGCUGGAUGAGAUGGCACUGAGCUGACCUCCAGUUGUGUGGGUGUUUAUUUUUCCACCCUGAGUGGAAAAGAAAGCUGAGGCUUUUCUGUUAGAAACAUGUCCUAUGGAGAUUUCUGGUUAGCACAGUGAAUGCAGAACUUUCUCAGCAAAGCAAAUGUCUCACCUAAGCUGAGACAAUUUGUCUUUGUGUUUGCUGCUGUGUCUGUCUUAUGAGAAAAGGGUGAUCUGAUCUCUUUUUCUCCUCCACCCCUUCCUAAGGAGUGGUAGUCCUGUGUCUCAUUCUCUGCCCAGAUGCCACCCUGGUUCCCCCCCCCCAGUUGGCCUAUUUACAUUUCUCUGUGGGGGGGGGAUGCUUCUGAAUCCACCCCCUUGAUUUAACAGCAGUGGGAUUGAAUAUAUUGUGUCCUCCCCCCUCGCAAACUGUCCCCUUGUGGUUCAUUUGCAAAAUGGGCUUUAUUUUCAAUAGCAAAAAUACCCCUUCAGUUCAGAGAGAGAGCCUUCUCUCUUUUAAAGAGACUUUUUCACUAAAAGGGUACAUGAUCACCUGCCAGAAUCUCCCAGUAUGUUCUCUUCCCACUGCACCAUGGACCACAGAAAUUAUGGAGCAUUCAGUAAAUCUCUUAAAUCAUGAAUGCAGCACAUGAAAAGGCAAGGGGAUGCGGGAAGAUCCCGGUGGUAAACCUGGAAAUAAUUUUAUUCCCUUAACAACAACAAAAAUCUGGCUGCUUUUAGUUAACCCUUUGUCAGAGAGCAAUUUCUCUAUUUCAGAUUUAACAUUGAUUCCUGCCUUGCUCUUUGUAUAAGUAAAUAUUUUACAUUUUAUAAAAUGUAAAAUGCCGUAAAUAUGAAAUUGUAAGUAUGAAAUGGUGCAAUCCAAGAUAAAGGAGUAAAUUAAAGGAGAAAAAAAAACCCAAAUGGAUGAAAUUUUUCUGUCCUUGCUACGAUGUUGUAAUAUGUCAAAGCAGUUCCUU